CCGCGAGUGACCUCUUCCUUGGCAACGUUUAUACUAUGGUACACUGUCGCGCCAACAUGGAGUCAACCACUUAGUGUCAGUUGUGUUUGUAACGAUGAAUUAUGUAUUGUAAAGCCGAGAGAAUAUAUUAACCUCGCCAAAAUGACAGAAGUGAUGCAGGGAAUAUUGGCUGAGGCCAAGAAAAACCGAUAUUCACAGAUCAGGGACACAUUAUCUGACGAUGAUGUUGCAGCUGUCUGGGAGAACAUGUCUUCGUUUAUUGAGAAGGCAAUGUCUCAGCAAAAGGGAGUCAUUGUACAAGGCUUCGGCACCUUUACAUUUACACAAAAGAAAUUGGAUAUAGGCAACAACAAGUUUAUUAUGAUGCAGAGACCUGUAUUCACACUGUCCGAAAAGUUUGCACAAACCCAUGGUCUACAGCAUCCCAAAUAUCAUGUUCCAGGCCAGAUCCCAGUGGUACAGCUCAACUUUGCUUCCAUGUCAUUUGAGAGUCCGUUUGACAGAGACACUGUGGAAAAUUGUGUAAAGGAAAUUUUGGGGGCAGUGUCGCGCGCAGUAGGGGCCAGGAAAAAUGUCGAGCUUACAUUUACUGGUAUUGGACGUCUGUCAAUUCGAGAUUCCAAAGUCAAAAUGAGGUUUUACAAAGAAUUCAUCAACCAGAUGGAUGGCACAGGAAAACUGAUGACAUCUAUGCAAAAUAGACCAGGUACAGUGGAUUCUGUUAUGUCUGACCGCCCUGCCUCCAGACCAGGGACAAGCGCAACAGUCAUCUUACCCAAAAUUUCCAGUUCCAACCUGGCAGCAGGAGGUCUAGCCCCUGUGGCAGAGGAAACCAAUGAGGCUAAUCCUGUUGACCCUGCCUUAGUGGGUGACACCCUUGACCAGCCCCCUCCAGUACACCCAUUGGAUGCCCAGGCGCUGGAGCCCAGCUAUGAGGAUCCAGAAGUAACCACACCUGUACAGCAGGAGACACUCCUCAGCAUGAAUGAGAAACAUGAGGUGUUUGAGGGCAGGGAUGUUGAGGAUGAACAGACGGCCACUGCCAUCAGAAACAUGGAGUUUAGCGGAGAGAGUUUGGAACAGCCAAACACUUUUGAUCCUAUACAUGCUCCUGUGUCAGAUGAGCUGGAGGACAAAGUGGAACCAGGAAAAAUGUUCCCAGACAUUGAAGAGCACCAGAGAAAGGUGUCGAUGCCACCAAGCCGUACAGGGUCAAGGAUGGCCAUGCCUCUGGCCAAAGCCUCAGGGGUCAGUCUACUGGACGACCUCAUCCCCUCAUCCUAUACCCCUAAGUCAGCCCCCAGCCCCCUUGGACCAAUCAACAAAUCUGUUCCCUGUCCUCCUCGAGAGAUGAUGGAGGGACAAAUCCAUCCUAUGAAACCUCCAUCCCCAAAGUUGUCUCCCCUUUCACGGGCACAGAGUGUGGACCAGAUCCGUAUGGGCCAGCGUAAUGUCCCCAAUCCUCCCAUGUCAGCGUGUGGUCACCCCACUGCUGGUCAGGAGCUGUGCUAUCUGUGUCACCAACGCUCCCGCAGGAACAUUCCUGUUUCCUUCACUGAUGAGAGGAAGCGGCGGCAGGAAGAGGAGGACAGGCUCCUCCAACAGUUUCAGUACAUGAAGGAUGCUGAGGAUACUUUAGGGGAACAGGAAACUCUUCUAGCCAAACGACAUGAUCUUCAAAAGAUGGCUGCCUUCAAUUUAGGAGUGUCUGAAGCUGUAUUAUCCAAAAAGAAAGCCCGAGACUUAGACUUCCAUAAAUCCUACAUAUUCCAAAAAAGGCCUUUAACUCCACCCAAGAUUUUCAAACAAGAAGAGUACUCUAAGGACCUAGCAGCACAGGUGGAGUCUAAAUCAUCCACACAGAAGAAGUAUCAAACAGAUGAGGAGUUCCUGGAGAGGCUGGAACAGGUUCAGCUGGCUGAGGAUUUGGCUGCUCAGCGUGAACAGUUCAUCAUGGAUAAGAAUGAACAACAGGACAUGUAUAAGAAAGCGCUAGAGGUUCAGAUUAAGAUACGCAGUCGUUUCCGUAAGCCUGAUGGUCUUCUGCGCACACCUGAUUGCCCCACUGCACUGUUGCCGAGGCGCCAAAUGACCUCUGAGAUAAGGCUGCCCCACCUCCCAUCUCCCCCCAAUCACAGCUUUAGCACUUUCAAGCUUCCAAUGAUCCCCAAUGUCCUGACCCCCUUCUCCAAUUCCUCCAAAGAUCGUCUCAACGAGGACCUCCCACGGCUGCGGUUUAAACCUCUGCAAGUGCCACCUAGGGAGGCAGACAACGAAGUAUUCGGUAAAAAUGAUAUGACCAACGAAAAAAUGGCUGCCAGGAGAUCACGUGCAUACGAUAUGUUCCGUGAUCAGCAGGAUCUGGUCGCCCAAAGGAAGAGGGAGGCCAUCCUCAAACGUUUGAAUGACCAGAAAGAGGAGGAGGACGUGUUGGAGCGGACAAAGAGAGAACUAAGGGAAGAUCGCGGCACCAGAUUUGGUAAUAGAUACCAUAUCCGUAAGCGUUUGGAGAGUGACUGGCAGAAAGCGGCCACGGCGAAGAAGAACAAUGAGUUAGAAGAGCGCUUACAUGCACUAAGUCCUAGUCUCCUAGUACAUGAGCAGUGUGAUAAGUACAAACGGUGUGAACAAUGUAAGAGGAAAACGGUCAAUUGUGGCGAGUCAAACAUCUGGAGUGAGUCCCGCUACAUUCCUGGCUCUCGGCUCAUGGUGUAGGAUUACGACUAUUAUAUAAAUAAAUGUAUAGGGUAUGCCUAUCGUCACAUACGUUUUGAAAAUUUAACACAAUUCUAUCAGAAAAAACAAUGAAUAUGACAAUGUGAUAUGAAUGAUUACUAUUAGUUUAUCAGUAUUAGCCUCUCAGACCACAAUAUAUUGAUCUAUUCGCAUUGUGUGGUCUCCAUAUGUACAAAUAUGGCUUCAUGUUACAGGAUAUGUGCUAUUUUGUCUGUAGAUUUGUGUUCUAGCGACUGGUAAUGUACCCUGUUAUGUUCACUUAUUCACAACAGAUCUGGUAUUAGUAUUUAUUUUUUAAGUGGGAAGAAUAAUCUUUUAGCGCUAUUUAUUCAUUAUACUUUGUAGUGUCAUCUCUGCACAAAGCUGUCAAACUUUUUGUUCGUUUUAAGUUAAAUAUUAAGAAUAAUUCUUUUAAAAUUCUUUAUUGAAUAUCGGAUCAUGCAAGCCAACUUAUUAUUUAUCGGUUAAAUUCAUGAAAUUCAAUAUGUUCGUGGCUAUUGUGCUCAUUUUCAUUGUAUUGCGUGGAGAGGUCCGAAUAGUGUUUAUAACACAAGGAAGGAAACAUCAGGUUCAGAGAUGAGACAAAUAAACAGAGGUUUUAAUUCAUAAGUUGCUGAAUGUUUACUGCUGAAUUUUAUCAAAGACUGUUUGCUCAUGUUUAAAAUUUAUAUUGAAGUUUUGAUCUAAAUGUUUUGAGAAGUCUUUCACUUAUAUAUACCUAUUUCUUCCUUUCUCACUUUUAACUUUAUAAGAUUCAUUGCGUUCUACCUAACAUGUUAUUUCAUAUUUUUAUCAACUUUGUUUACAAGCUAAUGUGGAGUUUUUAGAAAACAUAUUGACUGUGAUAUAUCAAGAAAGUGUUAGUUUUCACUGUAAGAUACCUUUUAAAAUGUGAUUAUAUAAAUAUAUACUAUCUGUUGUAAUUUUACUUUAAUAGAAGCAAGUGAAUAGAUAUAUAAUUUUGUAUAAAACAAUGAAGCUGUUACACGUUUACAUGUAUUAUCCUAAAUGCUGGUUUACACCAUGCAUUGUAUUUCUUGAUUGCUUCUAAACCUGUGAUUAUCCAUUUUGAAUAAACUGUUCAUGCUGAAAA